AUGGCGCUGUUGAAAUACGACAUCUUCGGCAGGGGGCUCAAGCUCCAGAUUGCCAUUACUCUGACGUGUCAGAUUGCCUUUAUCUUCUUCGGCUACGACCAAGGCGUCUUCUCCGGCAUCGUCACCAACACCAACUGGAAGCAAACCUUUAGCAACCCGACGUCCAGCAUCGAGGGCAUCAUCGUGUCCAUUUACAACCUGGGCGCCUUUGCCGGAUGCAUCCUCACCUUCGUCUGGGGCGAGAAGUGUGGGCGGAGGCUGUGUAUGUGGAUUGCCAUGGGCUGGAUUCUGGUCGGAGCGGCACUACAGGCCUCUUCGUACUCUCGUGCGCAGAUUCUCGUUGCGCGGUUCGUCACUGGAAUCGGUACAGGCAUUGAGACUUCCACUGUCCCAAUGUACCAAUCCGAACUAUGCGACGCAGAUAAACGCGGCCGCCUAGUCUCGUCGGAGCCCUUGUUCGUCGGCGUCGGUAUCGUGCUCUCCUACUUCUUCGACUACGGCAUGCGCUCUGUAGGCGGCGAGGUGGCCUGGAGAGUACCGAUUGCCUGCCAAACGUUCUUCUGCUUCAUCGUCAUUUUCUUGGUGUUUGGCAUUCCGGAAAGUCCCAGGUGGCUUUAUGCUCAUGGGAAAGAAGAUGAGGCUUUGCAAGUGUUGUGUGAUGUUUGGGAUGCGCCGCCAGAGAAUGAGAAAGUCAACAAGAUGCACACCGAGAUUCUGGCGGCUCUGGAUCUGGAGCGUCGCACUGGAGAGUAUCGAUGGCGCGAUCUGUUCAAGCGUGACGAGGUUCAGACCGGCCGUCGAGUCUUGCUUGCAUAUGGCAUGCAAUUCAUGAAUCAAAUGGGUGGCAUUAACCUUGUCGUGUACUACGUUCCUUCAGCUCUUCAGUACAACGUCGGCCUAUCGCCCAAUCUGUCGCUGGUGCUCGGCGGCUGCGUCCAAACGAUGUUCUUCUUCGGCUCACUCAUCCCAACCUUCUUCCUCGACCGCAUGGGCCGCCGCAAACCAAUGAUGUGGGGCAGUCUCGGCCUGGCGAUCAGCAUGAUGUUGAUCUCAGUCCUGCUGAGCUUCAAGUUCAAGCCCAACGAAUACUCGCACGAGACGGGCGUGAAGACUGCUACGGCUUCUGUCGCCUUCUUCUUCGUGUACAUGCUGAUCUUUGGCUCGACGGCCAAUUGCAUCCCGUGGGUAUACGUGCCGGAGAUUUUGCCGCUGCAUGUCCGAGCGAAGGGAACCGCGGUGGGCAUUUCAGCGAACUGGCUAUGGAACUUUGUGGUUGUGAUGAUUACGCCUACCCUCAUCAACAACCUGCAAUGGAAAGCCUACCUCAUCUUCAUGUGCCUCAAUCUAUCCUUCAUUCCCCUCGUCUACUUCUGCUACCCCGAAACAUCCAAUCUCACCCUUGAGGAGGUCGACUUCCUCUUCACCAAGGAAGGAAACACUGGCCUUAGGAAGUUCACGCGACGAUCGCAGCCUGUGCUGGAGAGCCUCAAGCCUGUUGCAGAGAUUGAGGCCGAUAUUGAGAAGCAUGGCGAUAUUGCGUUUGAGAGGGAGCAUGUGGAGGUCCGGGAUGAAAAGCAUUCCGAGGAUGAAAAGAGUGGUUAG